GGGGCCGCGGCGCCUAUAAAGUCGCCCUCCGCCGGGACGUAAACAAACCUCGCCUGGCUCCCAGCUCGCGCUCAAGCUCGGCAGCUCACCCUCCGCCCUCGGCUUCCGCAGGGCGCUGGGCCGCCAGCCUCGGCACCGUCCUUUCCUUUCUCCCUCGCGUUAGGCAGGUGACACCAGGGACAUGUCUCGGGAGAUGCAGGACGUAGACCUCGCUGAGGUGAAGCCUUUGGUGGAGAAAGGGGAGACCAUCACCGGCCUCCUGCAAGAGUUUGAUGUCCAGGAGCAGGACAUCGAGACUUUACACGGCUCUGUUCACGUCACGCUGUGUGGGACUCCCAAGGGAAACCGGCCUGUCAUCCUCACCUACCAUGAUAUUGGCAUGAACCACAAAACCUGCUACAACCCCCUCUUCAACUACGAGGACAUGCAGGAGAUCACCCAGCACUUUGCUGUCUGCCACGUGGACGCCCCUGGCCAGCAGGACGGUGCAGCCUCCUUCCCCGCAGGGUACAUGUACCCGUCCAUGGAUCAGCUGGCUGAAAUGCUUCCUGGAGUCCUUCAACAGUUUGGGCUGAAAAGCAUUAUUGGCAUGGGAACAGGAGCAGGCGCCUACAUCCUAACUCGAUUUGCUCUAAACAACCCUGAGAUGGUAGAGGGCCUCGUCCUUAUCAACGUGAACCCUUGUGCGGAAGGCUGGAUGGACUGGGCCGCCUCCAAGGUGAGGUGGGGGCCUGUCAGGCAGGCAGGGUCCCUGCAGGAAGAGGGACAGAUCUCCGGAUGGACCCAAGCCCUGCCGGACAUGGUGGUGUCCCACCUCUUUGGGAAGGAAGAAAUGCAGAGUAACGUGGAAGUGGUCCACACCUACCGCCAGCACAUCGUGAAUGACAUGAACCCCGGCAACCUGCACCUGUUCAUCAACGCCUACAACAGCCGGCGCGACCUGGAGAUUGAGCGACCAAUGCCGGGAACCCACACAGUCACCCUGCAGUGUCCUGCUCUGUUGGUGGUUGGGGACAGCUCGCCUGCGGUGGAUGCCGUGGUGGAGUGCAACUCGAAAUUGGACCCAACAAAGACCACUCUCCUCAAGAUGGCAGACUGUGGCGGCCUCCCGCAGAUCUCCCAGCCGGCCAAGCUCGCUGAGGCCUUCAAGUACUUCGUGCAGGGCAUGGGAUACAUGCCCUCGGCUAGCAUGACCCGCCUGAUGCGGUCUCGCACAGCCUCUGGUUCCAGUGUCACUUCUCUGGAUGGCACCCGCAGCCGCUCCCACACCAGCGAGGGCACCCGCAGCCGCUCCCACACCAGCGAGGGCACCCGCAGCCGCUCCCACACCAGCGAGGGGGCCCACCUGGACAUCACCCCCAACUCGGGUACUGCCGGGAACAACGCCGGGCCCAAGUCCAUGGAGGUCUCCUGCUAGGCAGCCUGCCCAGCUGCCGCCCCCGGACUCUGAUCUCUGUAGUGGCCCCCUCCUCCCCAGCCCCUUUUCACCCCCUGCCUGCCACACUGCGCCUAACUCGGUAUUAAUCCAAAGCUUAUUUUGUAAGAGUGAGCUCUGGUGGAGACAAAUGGGGUCUAUUACAUGGGUGCCCUCUCCAAAGGCGGGAUGGCGGUGGACCAAAGGAAGGAAGCAAGCAUCUCCGCAUCGCAUCCUCUUCCAUUAACCAGUGGCCGGUUGCCACUCUCCUCCCCUGCCAAAAACAAGACACGUAGCAGCGCACACUUCACAAAGCCAAGCCUAGGCUGCCCUGAGCAUCCUGGUUCAAACGGGUGCCUGGUCAGAAGGCCAGCCGCCCACUUCCCGUUUCCUCUUUAACUGAGGAGAAGCUGAUCCAGUUUCCGGAAACAAAAUCCUUUUCUCAUUUGGGGAGGGGGUUAAUAGUGACGUGCAGGCACCUCUUUUAAACAGGCAAAACAGGAAGGGGGAAAAGGUGGGAUUUAUGUCGAGGCUAGAGGCAUUUGGAACAACAAAUCUAUGUAGUUAACUUGAAGAAACCGAUUUUUAAAGUUGGUGCAUCUAUAAAGCUUUGAAUGCAGAAGCAAACAAGCUUGAUUUUUCUAGCAUCCUCUUAAUGUGCAGCAAAAGCAGGCAACAAAAUCUCCUGGCUUUACAGACAAAAAUGUUUCAGCAAAUGUUGGGCAUCAUGGUAUUUGAAGCCUUUAGUUCUGCUUUCUGCCUCUCCUCCACAGCCCCAACCUCCCAACCCUGAUACAUGAGCCAGUGAUGAUUCUUGUUCAUGGAGAAGAUGAUUUAGAUUUGUUUUGCAUUCCUUGGAAUGGAGGGCAACAUUCCACAGCUGCCCUGCCUGUGAUGAGUGUCCUUGCAGGAACCGGGGUAGGAGCAUUGGGGUGGGGGCAGAAUUGGGGUUACUCGAUGUAAGGGAUUCCUUGUGGUUGUAUUGGGAUCCAGUGCAGUGGUGAUUUCUGUGGAUCCCAGCAUGGUUCCAGGAAUUUUGUGUGAUUGGGUUAAAUCCAGUUUUCAAUCUUCGACAGCUGGGCUAGAACGUGAACUCAGUAGCUGAACCUGUCUGACCUGGUCAUGCUCUUGGAUCCUCAGAACUCUUUGCUCUUGUGUGGGUGGGGGUGGGAACUCAUGUGGGGAGCGGUGGCUGAGAAAAUGCAAGGAUUCUGGAAUUCGUAUUCCAUGGGACUUUCCUUCCCUCUCCUGCUUCCUCUUUUCCUGCUCCCUAACCUUUCGCCGAAUGGGGCAGCACCACUGACAUUUCUAGGCGGCCAGCGCAGCUGCCAGGCUCCUGUACUACUUACUGCCUUGUACUUUUCAUUUUGGCUCACCGUGGAUUUUCUCAUAGGAAGUUUGGUCAGAGUGAAUUGAACAUUGUAAGUCAGCCACUGGGACCCGAGGAUUUCUGGGACCCCGCAGUUGGGAGGAGGUAGUAGUCCAGCCUUCCAGGUGGCGUGAGAGGCAAUGACUCGUUACCUGCCGCCCAUCACCUUGGAGGCCUUCCCUGGCCUUGCUCAGAAAAGUCGGGGAUCAGGGCAAGAGAGGCUGAGUACGGAUGGGAAACUAUUGUGCACAAGUCUUUCCAGAGGAGUUUCUUAAUGAGAUAUUUGUAUUUAUUUCCAGACCAAUAAAUUUGUAACUUUGCA